AUAAAAGGAUUGCAUUAGUUUAAACCCGUUCAGAACAAGCAUAGCUAAACGUUUUCUUUUUUAAAAAACAUUUUGUUAUCGUAAAAAGAAGACUGCAAGUGGCAUUAAGGUCCUCCGGGUUAAAUCUGCACAAAAUCAAUCGUCAGCGGAAUCACAGCUGCCAUGUCCCGAUCUGAUGAAGUAAACAAAAUGACAGAAAAUGUGUACAAGGUAAUUCUUGAGCAGUUCAACCCCGGUCUAAAGAAUUUCGUCACUAUGGGAAAAAAUUAUGAGAAAGCCUUAACUGGGGUCUCUCUGGCUGCUAAAGGAUAUUUUGAUGCUCUGGUGAAGCUGGGAGAGCUGGCGAGUGACAGUCAGGGAUCCAAAGAGUUGGGGGACACGCUGUUUCAAAUGGCCGAAGUUCACCGACAGAUUCAAGUGCAGCUGGAAGAAGUGUUGAAGCUUUUCCACUCGGAGCUGCUUUCCCAGCUGGAACAGAAACUUGAGCUGGAUCUGAAAUACCUGACGGCCACUCUGAAGAAGUACCAGGGAGAGAGGAGAUCAAAAUCAGACUCCAUUGAGCGCUGUCAGUCCGAGCUCAAGAAAUUGAGGAGGAAGAGCCAGGGGAGCAGGCACCCCCAAAAAUACGGGGACCGAGAGAUGCAGUUCGUGGAGCUGAUGAGUCGACGGCAGGGGGAGUUGGAUCAGCUGGUUGCCGCGGGUUACCGCUCAGCGCUCACGGAAGAGAGGCGCCGCUAUUGCUUCCUGGUGGACCGUCAGUGUGCCGUCACCAAACACUUCAACAUGUACCACAGCAAGGUGAGGGAGCUGCUGUCUCAGAAGCUGUCUUGCUGGCAGGAGUCCUGCUCCCAGCCCACCAGACUGCCAGAGAGAGCGUUGAACCUAGUGCGGCAGACUGCAGCCAGCUCCGGGAAUGCUGGGAUCGCCGAGGUCCUCCGAAAUGCUAAACUGGGAAACGCAGCAGCUCUGGAACUGGGAGGAAGUCAUAGGCUCUCUGUACAGGAAGUCCCGCCCCUCCCAAACGGCGCCGCCCACCGCAACCAAGGAAGAGACACGCCCACUAGCAACGAGCCAUCCCAGAAUUCCUCCGCCGCUGGCUCUCGUUCCCAGACACCCGUCUCCCAUCAUGGACCCCUUCUCUCGAGUUUUCCCAACCCCCACAGUCCGCCUCUUUCUCUAACCCCAAACACCACGGUUACCCACAAUGCACCAUCCUCAUCUCAUAAUAUUUCCCACAAUGCAACAUCGCAUCAAUCGGUUACCCAUAACCCCCCUCUUUCCAGACCACAGAGUCCUCCACUAUCCCACAAUCCUCCCUUCUCACGGUCCCACACCCCUGUAGACUGUCAGAUUCUGGUAGAAGAAAGGGAGAGUUUUCCUCCUUCCCAUGAGCCCCUUCUCACUCAGCACCUCCCUCCUCCAGUGUCCCAGAAUCCCCCUCUGCUCAAGGUCAGCGAUAUCUAUGCCACCAGCACCCUGCCACUGUCGCGGAAACAAGGACUCGAGGCUAGACUGCAUUUCCUGGGAGGGACUCUGCCCCGUGUCUCUCCCUCCCGUCCUCCUCAGGUCCUCGCUCUCUUCCCUCACUCUCCUCAAGGGGGCGGGCUGACAGAGGCAGUGGGCGGUGUCUCGUUACUUCACUUCCUACCCGGAGACAAGGUUGCCCUGCUCAUCUCGGAGCCGAGGGACGGCUGGCACUACGGAGAGAACGAGAGAACUGGCAGGAAAGGCUGGUUCCCUUUGUCAUACACUCAGCCUGUUCAGAAUUCCCCCGGCAGUCCAAUCCCAAGCCCCCCUCCUCCUGUCUCGAAGCUGAGUGGCAGCGUUGGGAACCUUGACAAGAUUGGCACCGGAGGAUCGAACCACACGAGCGGGGAGGAGGGCGAGGACCAGUACACUCCCCCUCCCAGAGUUAGUACCUUCCGACCCAGGCCCUACAGCAUGAUGAACCCAGACAUCUCACAGCUAGUUGUCGAUUUUGGAGCACCAACAUCCUCCCCAAACAGAAACCCGUUUGCUCAUGUGCGCCUCAGAAGGACGGUCACUAAUGAUCGCUCUGCGCCCCUCAUCCAAUGAGACGCUCCCUGUGCCAGGAUCCACCAAUCACAGCACGGGCACGACAAUGUUGUUUUUGUCUGUGUUCUGUUGGGGUUGGGAUAAAUGUUGCCUGUAUUCUAAGUUGGGGAAACUGGUGUUGGGGGGUUUAAUUAGUAGGUAGUUCUGAUUUUUUUUAUAGUUACUUGGUAUAACAGAGUGAAGACUGGGCGCGAACCUGCGAGAGUCUUUACCCACAAUGCACAUCUUUGCCUUAUGGAAUACAAUGAUCAGAAACGGUCUCUGUUUGCCACAGGGGGCAUCGUGUUUCCACUCUGCCUGCCCCGUUACCUGUGCUCUAUCUGCGUGAGACAAAGGCCUUUGUCUGCACCCUUCCUAAAAGGCUAGAAACCACACAGGAGGGUUAUAACCCUGCAAGACUUGUCAGAGAUUCAGAUGAAAUCCUGGUUUUGUGUGGAUGUUGCUGGAAGGGUUGUGCAAGUGGAAAAGAAGGAUUGAAGGAUGAUGCUUUUUCCAGAGUGUGUCGGUGUGGAGGGUGUGGGAGAGUUUCUGGGAGGGGUGGAGAGAGGAGGAUGGGAGUUAGGAUGUGAUGAGAAGGGGGGGAUGUUAGAGAAGGAAGCAGCGCAAAGUGACCACAGA